CAAGAAAUCCGCCAAGGGAAAGAAGCCUACAGCCAACGGUAUUGCCAACGGUCAUGCGCAAAAUGGAAACGGUUUUUGAUAGCUAUAAAAAGGACUGAGCACGCAAUUCACAGCUUCAUGACGAUAUGGCCAUGCCAGUGGCCAAGCGAUUACCUAUACUUAUCUAGCAUCAUGCAAGACACUAAUAUACAGAAUGCAUCAACGAGUUCACCUCCAGUUCACCUGUCCAAUCUUUUCAUACAGCCUGUCGUUCUUGUGUCUAUUUAGCUACUCCCCGUCACCUUAUUUUUUCAUGGUCGAGUAUUUCUUUUGCAUAUCUCUUUCCUUUCGGAUCUUGCUUUCGUUGCGGGCAUGCAUGUUAGUAUACGGGUGUGCUUGGAGCUAUGUUGGAACGCAAAAGACAUUUCACGAACAAGAGUACCGUAGUAAUACCCAAACGAAAUGCCACUACUCCAUGAUAUCAUCUUAGAGUGAUUUGUUUUGCCUCGCGUUUUUAACGUCCCUCCAUUUG